CAGAAAGAGAUAAACAGGGGAAGUGAGAGAAAACAAAAACAGAGUAGGAGAGAGAAAAAAAACAGGGGAAGGUGUUUGUUUGUUUGUUCCACAAGCAACAAACAAAGAUAGCAUUUUUCCUGUAAAUUUGAAAUGCCCUUGUUAUUAAUUUGAUAUAAUUAUCUUGUUCUGUGAAAAUUACUUUGUUUUGAGUUCACCAACCGCAUUGGAGGGUGUUAUUGUAGGGGAAAAUCUCCCCUACAAUCACCACAAUCUAUUUUUCUUAAAUGGGUUGUAUUAGCUCCAAACAUGCGGUUGCCGGAGAUUCUUCUCCGUCACCGAUCGUCCGAGACAUUGGUGAGGUUGUUCCUUCUUCAAAGGGUCAUUCUGGUUUGUUGGUUUUGGAUUCUAAAUCAUCAUUAGAUGAAAAUAAUAAUAAUAAAAAUAGUAAAUUUACUAAAAAUAAUUCCAAAAAAAGUAGUGGCUCUUUUAGCUUCAGAAUUGGAUUUACACAAAGGCAUGUUGAAGCUGAACAAAUUGCUGCUGGUUGGCCUCCGUGGCUUACAGCUUCUGCAGCUGAAGCUGUUCAAGGUUGGAUUCCUCUCAAAGCUGAUGCUUUUCAAAAGUUAGAGAAGAUUGGACAAGGAACAUAUAGCAGUGUGUUCCGAGCCCGUGAAGUCGAAACUGGGAGGAUGUUUGCUUUGAAAAAGGUGCGCUUUGACAAUUUCCAAGCUGAGAGCAUUAGAUUCAUGGCAAGAGAAAUAACAAUUCUCAGAAGGCUUGACCACCCAAACAUCAUGAAAUUGGAAGGAAUAAUCACUUCUCGACUAUCUAGUAGCAUAUACCUUGUGUUUGAAUACAUGGAGCAUGAUCUUGCUGGCCUAGUAUCUCGUCCCGAUAUCGUGUUCACCGAUGCACAGAUAAAAUGCUACAUGAGGCAACUAUUAAGUGGACUUGAGCAUUGUCAUGUUCGCGGUAUCAUGCAUCGAGAUAUCAAAGUAUCGAAUAUCUUGUUGAACAAUGAAGGUGUUCUCAAGAUUGGAGAUUUUGGAUUGGCAAACACAAUUAGUACUAACAAUAAACAUCAUUUAACAAGUCGUGUAGUGACUCUAUGGUAUCGUCCGCCUGAGCUCUUGAUGGGAGCAACCAAUUAUGGAGUAUCGGUCGAUUUGUGGAGUGUUGGAUGUGUAUUUGCAGAACUUUUUCUUGGGAAGCCUGUUCUUAAGGGGAGAACUGAGGUUGAACAAUUACACAAAAUUUUUAAACUGUGUGGUUCUCCACCUGAUGAGUUUUGGAAAAAGAACAAGCUUCCUCAUGCAACAAUGUUUAAACCUCAAACUAAUUACGAAAGCUCUCUUAGAGAAAGGUGUGUAGAUUUUCCUGAAUCAGCUGUAAAUCUACUCGAGACUUUACUGUCUAUUGAUCCAACCAAGCGUGGCACUGCCUCUUCUGCUCUAUUAUCUGAGUAUUUCACUACCAAGCCAUAUGCUUGUAAUCCAUCAAGCCUGCCAAAGUAUACACCUAGCAAAGAAAUGGAUGCUAAAGGUCAUGAAGAUACAUCCAGUAAAAAGACCGGAGAUAAAACGCGAGAUGCUGCAACAUCAAGAAGACAACAAAGACGAGUCUAUAAAGGUUUCGAACAGAACAAUCUCGGUAAAACAACUGCAAAAGAGAAUACUAGAAAAGAUGAUGGUAAAACACAUGUUACAAAGGGAAAAGGAGGAGGAGCUAUGCACAAAGAUCAUACAAAGCCUUCAAUGGAUACAAUGUCAGAGACUUCUCAAAUGGUGAAUGUUGCUGAUAGUAAUGGAUACAGUGUACCGGUACAAGUUCAAGGAUCUAAUGAUUAUUCAUGGACAAAAAGAAGAAAACAAGAUGCAUCAUCCACACUAUCAGAUGGAUCAAGAAGUAAAAUUAGUGCAUUGGAUCCUCACUUUGCAAAAGGCACAUAUGAUUUAACCAAACAAAGGAUUUCCAUGGAUUUUGAUCCCAAGGAACUGAUGAAUCAGGGUCAAAAAGAAGAACAGGGUGCAUAUUGGAAUGAUAGUGUGCGGCGCGCAGCUCGUAAAUCAAGAUUUGGAAGAGAUAAAUGAUUCAAGGAUCACAAGAGUGGAGUAAUCUUCUCCUCAAGAAGGGUGCUUGAAAGAACAUUAUGGCCAAUGGUGGAAUCUAUUAGCAACAUAUGAACUAUUUAAGCUUAUGAAUUGGCCUCUCUUGACAUUCAAAUGGCACACUAUUCUCCUUUUGAUCACAAGGGUUAACUGUUCCUACUCUUCAUUUAUAAGCAAGACUAACACUGAUGUAUAGGAUUAUACAUGUAUCAUCCCAAAGAUGUAAAAUGAUAUGAUUAAAGAAUGAAUUCAAUUUUUCAAAUUCUUUAUUA